ACGGCUAACGACAGACUCCUGGUUGGUAAUUAAGCUAACUCCGUCUUGGUCGCUUUUGUCGGAGAUGGAAAUACUCGGACAACUGUGUUAGGAGUUAAAUUACUCCAUUACGUCUCCGUGUGAACAUGAGAGAAGAGGACAGUUUGGGGAGCCAGUCCAUGGCGAGUGAAAGAGGGGGUGAACGUCCCUGCAGCUGCCCCCACCUGGCGGAGGACAAGAAGGGCGACCUGAGGCCUCCUUGUCAUUUGUCCCGGUCUUCAUAGGAGCAAAGCGGACUUCUUUUUAAAAAUGGAGACGGUGGGGAAAUUUGAGUUUAGCCGGAAGGACCUGAUCGGACAUGGCGCAUUUGCUGUCGUAUUCAAAGGAAGGCGCCGAGAGAGACAUGACUGGGAGGUGGCUGUAAAAUGUAUAAACAAGAAGAACUUGGCCAAAUCUCAGACACUUUUGGGUAAAGAGAUCAAAAUACUGAAGGAACUCAAACAUGAGAACAUCGUUGCUUUGCUGGACUUUCAGGAAACUGCCAGCUUGGUGUACCUAGUAAUGGAGUAUUGCAAUGGCGGUGAUCUUGCUGACUACUUACACUCCAAAGGCACAUUGAGUGAGGACACUAUUCGAGUGUUCCUGCAGCAGAUCGCAGGGGCCAUGAGGGUCCUACAGACCAAAGGAAUAAUCCACCGGGACCUCAAACCCCAAAACAUUCUGCUCUCCUACCCACCAGGGCGCAAAUCUCACUCCAACAACACCUGCAUCAAGAUCGCGGACUUUGGCUUUGCCAGGUACCUUCAGAACAACAUGAUGGCGGCUACACUCUGUGGCUCCCCCAUGUACAUGGCUCCUGAAGUCAUUAUGUCCCAGAACUAUGACGCUAAGGCUGACUUGUGGAGUAUAGGAACUAUAGUGUUUCAGUGUCUGACAGGAAAAGCUCCUUUUCAGGCCAGCAGUCCUCAGGACCUCCGGCUGUUUUAUGAGAAAAACAAGAAUCUCAGCCCCAAUAUUCCUAGAGAAACGUCGAACCAUCUGAGGCAACUGCUGCUGGGUCUGCUGCAGCGCAACCCCAAGGACAGGAUGGAGUUCGAUGAGUUUUUUUCUCAUCCAUUCCUGGAUGCCAGCUCGUCCAUGAAAAAGACCACCCCCACAGUGACCAUGACCUGUUUGCCCAGCUCUGCAUCUGCCAGCUCCUGUAGCAGCUCGUCCACCUCUCACCUUGCCUCACCGCCGCAGUCUCUUGGUGAGACUCACCAUCUGCGGGUCAAGGUUCCGGCCUCCCCGACCCAGGAGGUCACCGGUUUUCUCCUAAAGGACUCGUCUGGAGCGGGCGGCAGCAGCAAGAAUUCGUCCUCUUGUGACAUGGAUGAUUUUGUCAUGGUGCCUGCUCAUUUUAUGACGGGUGAGCUGACAUGUGAGAGUAAAGUGCUGCAGGACAGCUUGAUGAACAGCGGCUCUCUCUUGGCUUCUUCUGGUAACCUAGCCAAAACACCACCGCACUCUCCUUCCUUCAGUGGGUCUCCAAGUUUAGUCAGGCCCAUGGAGGUCCUGGGAAGUAAUUAUUGUGGUAACUAUGGAAACCAUGGUCACUCAUUGCCUAUCCCGGUGCCAACUCAGGUCCAGAACUACCAACGCUUGGAGCAGAACCUCCAGUCAACCAAACAGGAUGGCUCACCACGGUUGUCAACACCGGUGCGUCGUUGCAGCAGCGGGAGUUUGCCGGGCUUUAGACCUGGACCUUCACCCCCCUGGCAGAUUACAGUCCCCACCUCCCGCAGGCUCUCCCUGGGCGGUACCAGGACGUUCCAACUCUCUCCUCAAGUUCCGCAACAUGCUGAACCAAAGCCGACGUCUCAGCCGCACUCACAGGUGUCAAGUCUGGGCUCACGGCUCCACAGUGCCCCCUGCCUGUUGGAGUGUGCGAAUGGCGGCGGCAGGCAGAAAAUCAAGAAGCAGCACUCGGACCCUGUGAAUGUCCCGUCAGCGGGGCUGAUGACUGUCCGUCCCCUACACUCUUCCCCCAGACUCAGUGAUUUGAUGCAGCGUAACCCCCUUCCUACGAUCCUGGGCUCACCCUCCAGAGCCAUAGCGCCAUUUGACUUUCCUAAACCCCCAAGCUCUCCAAACCUCGUUAAUUACCUGACACAGAAAAACGUGGUCAUUGGCUCGCCUUGCAGCAGGACUGCCCCAGGAGAGCUAAGAGACUUUGGGCAGCAAGUCAUGAACACUGCUCACUGCAUCCAUAGACUGAAUGAGGAUGGCGGGAGCUUUGGAAGGUCGCAGAGUGCCGGUCGUCUGUCUGACAUGCUGUUAAUGGCGGCAUUUGGAGUUGGCGGACACACCGGAGAGCGAGGCAGCAUGGAGAACCUGGCCUCUGAUAAAGCCAUAGACAUAACAGGUUUGUUUGUCCCGCAUGAUGGCGGAGGCUUUGCACCUGGUUCUUGCAGCCCAGCCCAGGUGGUUUUCACUGUUGGCUCUCCACCAAGUGGCUGCACCCCACCUCAAUGCUCCCGACAGCGGAAAUACUCAGGCUCCUUUAAUUCAGGCAGUCCUGCAGGCUCCUUAACCAGUCGCUACCCUCAGACUGGCCCCUAUCUGGAAGGCUUUGAGACACCACCCAGUCCUCGGUACAGUUUCACUGAUCCCAUCACAGCCAACAUGGGGGGUCCUGUGACCUUUGAGGCCCCUGAGCUACCUGAGGAGACUCUGAUGGAGCAGGAACACACAGAAAUGGUGCAGAGCUUGCGUUUCACCUUGGAUUUUACCUACUGUCUGAUGGAGGUGGCUGCGGCCCGCGGUGCUGUGGUGGCAGGGCGACAGGGAGACGUCUCUCAUCUUUCUUUCCUUCAGCAUCAGAGCCUGGUGGCAGAUCAGAUAAGCUCUCUGAGCCGCGAGUGGAGUCAUGCAGAACAGCUGGUGCUGUACCUUAAAACUGCAGAACUCUUGUCUUCUGCCUUACACACAGCCAUGGAGCGAGUGAAACUGGGCAAACUCUACCCCUCUGCUACGGUGAAGCAAGUUGUGAGACGGCUGAAUGAGCUGUACAAGUCCUGUGUGGCAUCCUGUCGCUCGCUCAGCACCCGUCUGGAGCAUUUCUUCAGCAGAAAGCACCGUCUAAUGGACCAAAUCACCUCCAUCACAGCUGAGCGGCUGCUCUUCAGCCACACUGUGCAAAUGGUUCAGGCUGCUGCGUUGGAUGAGAUGUUCCACCAGGGGGAAGCAUCAAUCCUGCGCUAUCACAAAGCGCUGCUGCUGAUGGAGGGCCUGUCCCUGCUUCUCACAGAGCAGGACGACAUCCUUACCGUUAGCAAAUGUAAGGAGUGCAUCGAGCGCCGCCUCACGGCUCUGCAGUCAGGCCUCUGCGUUUGAGUCCCAACACCACAUGAUGUCAUCCAUUUACACCUACUAACUAAAUAGAACUCCACACACAUUUCAUGGUUUCACAAAGGCUUUCGUCUUUCGCAAGAAAACCACAAGGCUCAAGUUUACACAGAAACUUGAGGGUUUGUGUUGUGCAUAUUUCUGAAGCUCGUUAGCGUUGAACUGCAGUAGAAACUUCCUGAUUACUAAAGUCACACCAGAGUUGGACACGAAGAUGACUUUGCUGAUGGCUCUGAAAGACGACAAGAAGACCACCCCCACCCGACCCCCCACUAACGUAGGCGGAACACAAACAGGAGCAGUUGUUGCCAAGUAGUCACAUUCCUUCUCAUGCUACUUAUCUAGCAUAAACACAAAGCUUUUUAAGAUCGACUAAUAUUCAUGUGACAUGCAGUUACACAAAGUUUGAUCUUUUACACAAGCUGGAAGAAAACUGGUAUUUGCUGCACAUGUAGUGAUAUUAGCUAUAGAGGACUGGAUGUGUCCAAAUAUCCUCAUAUGUUUGUGUAUUUUACACGUUUUCUUAUUUUUCUUGGUUUUAUUCUAAUCGUUUCCUGCAGCAGGAGUGCGUAGUAGCACUGUAACAAAACUGUUGCCUUAAAACAAAAAAAAAAGAAUCCCCAAAUGUUUUGUUUUAUUAAAAUUUCACCGUCUGUAUCAUGCUGGUUUAAGGAAAGAAAAAGCGACACUUGACUGAUUGCUCUCACCUGUUAUUGACACUAUGUGGUUUGAAAGGAUGAAGUUUAAUUACCGUAUUUUUCGGACUAUAAUACGCACCGAAUUAUAAGGCUUUGAGAAAAUGAAAUGAUUUUAAGUGCGCCUUAUAGUUCGACAAAUACGAUACUUUUUUUUUUUUUUUUUUAUGGUCUUGAGCAGAAAGAAGGUGUCCUGCAAACACUCAAAACAUCCAAUGCAACUUAAAACCUUUUCUGUAGCUUUUAUGUGAAAAUAAAAGGACGACUUUUUAAUAAGUUCACGUUAUUAAAAAAAAUAAUAAAUACUACAAAAACCUGGGAUGUGUUCGUGUGGCACACAAGCUUCCGGACUGCUGGUAAUUCCUACAAAACGAUUCCAUAUUUUGUAUUUUAUCCGUCAAAUCGUCAUUGUUUAGCAGGUAUAAUCAAAUCUGAAUGUAAAGCUAUUAGGAGAGCAGAGCUGUUGGACUGAAUGUCACGUGACUAACAUUUAGGCUGAUCUUCGAGCUGAAUGUUUUUGCACUGUCCCGAGUACUGUAAAGAAAGGGGAACAUGAUAAAGACAUCCAGUUUUUGUUGCCGUGCUCAUUUAGAAACGUCUGCUUACUCAUUUUAGCGCCAUUUUAGUUGUAUUUACUGUCAAAAAGUAAACUAUUCCUGAUGUACGAGCGUUGAAGGAGUGGCUAUAAGCUAUUUGAAAGAAUAAAUAGGAGAAGAAAAUGUAUUUACACUGAAGAAUACAUAUAUAUUUGCAGUGUUUGUGCUUAAUUUCCGAUUUGAUGUUGGGCAGGAUUUUGAAAUGCUUCUCAGUUUGGAUUGCGAGUUUUAAAAUGUUUAUUCUACCUACAUUUUUUGUAUCGAUGUUUGCCAUCCCAGAUAAAAAAAAAAAAAAAUUACUAAUAUUUUGGGUCAACUGGACAUUUUAUCUUCUGCAAGAGUUGUCUGCUCACAUGCAUGUGUGAAGUGUUGUGUGUGUUAAUGGGUGGCGGGAUGCGUCAAGCACAUGUUUCGUUGCAUAUCUCUGUAAGAAGAUGUGAAUACUUUGACCCGAGUGAGAAACUGAAGCAUCCUAAAUUGUUUCACCUAAAAAGUCAUUCCCGCAUCUUUUUUUUUUUUCCUCCCUUUUUUAAGAUGUAACAUAAGCAAAUAUUUUAUAAAAUAUUGAGGUGUGGUUUUGUCUGAAGGGGGGUUAAAAUGAAGCCCUUCCAGUAGCACCAUCAGCAGGACGGACUGGAGAGAAGUUUGCUCAAAAGGUGUUUAUUUGAUUUGUUGCCUUUUUGAGUUUUGUCUGAAAAAUUGCGCUGUGUGCGUGUGUUAAAGUGUACAUUCCUACUUAUGGUUCCCCCACAGGAUCUCUGUCUUUACACUCGCUGCUUUGUUCAGUGAGACUGUCUCCAAAGAAGCAGGUGACAGAAGAACUGAUGCAUGUGUCACUUUUUUUUAUUAUGAUAGUACCACACAAUCAUUGCUGUCUGACAUCAUUGGAAGGAGUCAUAAGAACCAUUAUAUAACCAAAUGUGUUUGACACUCGUGUUGAUUUGAUGAACAUUGUUUGAAUUGGUCGGUUUUUUUUUUUGUGCGUUUUAUAACAUACUGCAAUGUUUUAAUUUUCCAUUUGCCUAAAUCUGUUGGUUUAUUAUUGCAAGUUAAGUUAUUGUGUGUUCUGCAAUGCAGACUCGGAGAGACGCCACCUGGACUUUCCAAAAACUGCUUUGAGCUCGAUCUUCCACCUUUUCUCCUACUGUCGCAAAAGCAGUUUUCAAAUCCCUAACAGACUCACUCUCUCAAUAUCCCUGCGUGUGAUGUAACCUUUACUCUUUAGAAGCUGCAUCAUGAAUAAAGUGGAAGGAAAGGUCACUUGACUACAAAAA